AUCAGGGAAUUGUGAAAAUUAUACCAUGUAAUAUAUAAUUAAGCAUAUUUGCCUAGUCUUAUUUGUAUAAAACUGUAAGGUUUAAGUAUAAGCCAAAACUCACACGAAGGAGGUCGAAAUUUUUAAGAAUUAACUGAAAAUGUUUUCAAUUCUAAAAAGAUCCUUUUUCCGCGGAUUGUCGCAGAAGGUAUGGACCAGAAGUUAUGGUGCAGCCGCGAUAGAUGCCCAACAGCAAUUGGCUUUAAAGGAAAAUUGCAUAUUAGUGGACGCGAAUGACAAGGCCCUGGGUUCUAGUAGUAAAUACGAUUGUCAUCGUGUAAAUAAAGAAACUGGCAAUCUAAAACUACAUCGUGCUUUUAGUGUAUUUCUUUUUAAUUCGGAAGGAGAAAUGCUAAUGCAACGUCGUUCAUCACAUAAGGUUACAUAUCCGGAUACCUACACAAAUUCCUGCUGUAGUCAUCCAUUAUACGAUAUCGACGGCGAACGAGUAGAGGAUAACGAAAUAGGUAUACGUAGAGCUGCGCAGCGACGCUUAAAUUAUGAGCUUGGCAUACCAAAAGAUCAAGUUUCACCAGAACGCUUUCACUAUUUAACGCGCAUACAUUACAAGGAUGAAGGUGAUGGUGUGUGGGGCGAACAUGAAAUAGAUUAUAUAUUAUUCCUCCAAAAGGAUGUCGAUCUUAAUCCCAAUGAGAAUGAGGUCAGUGAGGUGCGUUACAUUAAGCGAAGUGAAAUUGAUGAAAUUGUGAAUUUAUUCAAUGCGCCAUUUACGCCAUGGUUUAAAUUAAUUUUGAAACAUAAAUUGAAGGUAUGGUGGGAUAAUUUGGAUUCAUUGGAUAAAUGUGUAGAUACAAAGAACAUAAUUCGAUUUCUAUAAUAAGAAAGUAUGAUAUUGUAUGCAUUUUCAUACAUAUGCGCCUACUUUACUUUCACCUACAAUUAUGCACGCAUGAGUUUUAUAUUCAAGACUGGAUAGUAUUUAAAAACUUAUUUUGUCAAGUUGAAUUUUUAUACACAAACUAUUAUCAUCUGAUUUUUAACCUUCUCAUAUAUGUACAUACAAAAUUCUGCGUGCAUAAUUCUUAUUGUAUAACAGUGCCAAUAUAAGAAAAACAGUCAUUGAAUAGACGCAUUUGGUUGGACUAUAGUGGUCAAAGGCCUAAAUGGUUAUACCAAAGAGCAUUUUUAGUUACACUUUACCUGGGUACUUUUGUUUUUAAAAAAUAAAAAGUAAAAAAUAAAUACAAUUGUAAAAUCUUAACAAUCGACUAAUGAUUUUUCACAAUUUUAUUUACUCAUCGAUGGUUGACGCAUGCAAAUUUGUCUACAAUGAGAUGAAGUGUUUUUUUUUUUUCACUUUACAUACAUUUAACAUUUAAGAGAUCAAAAAAUGAUUAUUACCGUUACGUCAAUGAAUUUAAAAAAUAAAUAUUUUCAAGUUUUGUUGUUUUCGAGUGUCAUCGAAAGGGAA